AUCUUUAGCUUUAUAUAUAUUUCGAAAUACAAAUCAGUCAGUAUCCCACAAGAUGAAGCUUAUUAUAAUAUCAAUUACAUUUUUAUCUUUAAGUUUAUUGGCACGCGGCAGCAAACAUCAUGGUCCCAACUAUAAGGACCACAUUGGAUUCUAUUGGGAGGAUUUUGAAAAAACUAGAAUUAUGAAAGGAGUUGUAGGAGGCAAAGAUGCACGUAAUAGACAUACAUAUAUUGGUUUAACAAAACAUUUAGAGGGCAAUAAAGAGUUAUUAGUGCCUGGUGUUAUAUACCCAUGGGAUCUAGAGCCUUAUAUGGUGUAUGAAUGGAACGAACGUCCAAAGAAAAUCAUAGCAGAUUUUAAAAUGCUUUACACCAACUACCCUGAUCAUAUGACAUGGAUUAAAACAAACACUAGUGAUAUAAGGCAACUAGUACGAGAAAAGGAGUUAAUUAGUGCAGGAUAUGAUACACGUCACAGAAAAUACUACAUUGGGCGUAUUCCAAUGAAUGACAAUUUAAUUUUAGGAAAAAUUAUAAUAAGCAAUAAUGGCGACAACGACGGUUUUUUCGCUUUUUCUAAAUCGGGAUAUCAUCACGCAAUGGAAUUUGAAGUGCUUGUACAUGAAUUAAAAUUAAAUUCUAUCAUGUAAUAUUAUCACCAAGAGUAAUUAUCGUUACGUCAUAAUAAUCCAUCCAUUCAUAAUAAGAACAAUUGUCAAUUCCAUCAAAUGCACUAUGAAUGUUCACUAUACAAUACAACGGGCAGUAUAAACAUUUUAGCUAACUUCAUAUGUUUAUACCGUAGCGGUAAGCACUUUAGAGAAUUAUAUGAACUUUAUCUCGAA